GCCGGACUGCUCAUUUGCUGCCAUCCAUUCGCUGGAGUGUAAAAAUGAAAUGAUUGAUUUUUCAUGUCCAGAAGUCAAAAAUGUCUUCUCUCCCAUUCACGAAAUCCACAAUAACAGGAAGGAGAGGAAGGGAUGAGGUGUAUGUGGCUGCUGUGCCGCUACGAGCGACCAAAGGACCAGCGCAGCUGCUUGUGUCUGCCGCUUACUCUCUUAAUCUCUGGGACAUGCAGCACUUCAUGGUCAUUGUAAAACCCACCUCACCUCCCCUUCAAUGUUCUCAGGCUUUUGUUUUUGAUUUUCAACCAAAAGACCCUGAAAACAUAUAUGCGGCACUCGCCGUUUUAUCUGGCAGAACACUACCAGGAGCUGUUCUUACAAGGAAGUUGACAAAGCUGCCACGGAGCAAAUGUUGGUUUGUUGGAACUUCCGGAGAGAAUGCUGUAGAUAAAGCAUUCAAUUUCACUAAUACAUGGGAAACUGAUCUGAGGAUUGGGCAUCAUGACUGUCGAGAUUUUACAAAUGGAUUAGUUGAACACCUAACUGGUCAAAAAGACGUGUUAGAGCACCUGAGAAGAAUCAAUUCUGGUGGCCAGAGUUGAAAUAUCAGCUAGGUAGAUUUCCUGAUCACAGAUUGAUGCUGUUUCCUUUCUGCACAACAGUCCAUAUAAGCAUUGUAACUGUGGCUGUGGCCAUGACAAUCAAGUGUUGGUACCCUCAGAGUUAAUGAAGGCUAUUCUUUCCGUAAUUGUACUUUGCUUUGCUAUAUACUUGUCUGUGUGCCUACCCCUUUGCAAGACACCUAUUUUCACUGAAUUCCGACGUCUUAUAGAAGGUACUUAAAACUAUAAAGCACGUUAUCUUGUUUAUGUAAGUUACUCUUGUGUAUUUUAAGUUUGAGUUUCAUUAUUUGUAUGGUAAAAGGUGUUGGGAUUAACAUUCUUUGGCUCCCUGAAAUCUUUUUGUAAUUUUGAUAGUGCAUGUUGCCACUUGUGCACAUGUAAUUUCUCAUAUAAUAAUUUAAAAGAGAAUAA